AUUGUCUGCUUCCUUAAGUCGAUACAGACUUAUUGAAGAAAUAUAUACGGAGCCUGAAACAUUUAACCAGGACCGAAUCCGUGAAUUUUCAGCUGAGAACAUCUCUCUCGCUGAUCUGUAUUUAGAAUCUGCACACAGAAAGGAAGACUUUAUUUUCAGAAGUGUGUGGAAAGGCCACCCUAUAGCAGACUCCGAUAUACACGAGCUGGUGACAGACCACGGAGUCUGUUAUACCUUCAAAAACAGGGGCCUAGAUGGAUUCGUCAAAUCUCCGGGUGUUGAAAAUGGAUUGCGUUUGACGUUGAACAUUGAACAGUAUGAAUACAUGCCUGGCCCCCAUGAUGCCGCCGGAAUCAAGAUGCUGCUCCACGACAGAGAUGAAAUCCCUCGUGUUCACAACCUCGGGCAAGCUAUGCCCCCGGGUGCCCAUGUGUUUGUGGGCGUCAAGAUAGUAGAGGUAACAAACCUCCCCCUACCCCACGGAAGCUGUCUGGACAAGACCUUGGAGUACUCGGACGUGUACACGACCGAGGCCUGUCAGCUAGACUGUCUAACCAGGAGGGCGGGGCAAAUCUGUGGCUGUCGAUCUUUAUUCAUGCCUCACAAAAAUGAAUCCUUUCCAGCGGAAUCAGCCAAUCUUUGCGAUUGUCCUGUACCCUGUUAUUUCAGACUCUACGAAACAGACAUUUCGUAUGCAAGUACAUCGGCGUACACACUAAACAAACUAUUAAGUGAAGAUGAUAAAAACAAUUUAACCGAAAAGUUGUUGAAAGCCUCAGAAGUCACGUCUCGAUACGAGCUCAACAAGUUUUCAAAAAUUCAGAAACUGAAUGAUCGUUUGAAACGUAACAUGAACGAAUUAAGAGAGAAAGUUACAGUCAAUUUAAAAGAGACCGUCAGUAGUGCAAUAGUGGCUGUAAACGAUAGGUACCAAGAAAUCGAGGAGCAUUACAACUGGAAAGAAUACCUGUACAGAUAUCAAGCGUACAUCAUGGAGAAAAAUUUUAUGCGUCCAAGAGAUGCCUAUGAGGAGGCCACAUUUCAUAAUGUGGCUUUGGGCUAUGCUGAAUACAUAAUGAAAAUAGAAAGUAGAAUCCGCAGACUUGUCCAUGGCAACAUGGUCGACGCUUCGUCAAGACAGGUUCUUUUUGAUGAUACCUUAGACCUACUUAGUAGUAGACGAAAGAUAGUAGAAACUGCUUUGGUGAAUUUCACAACAUUAAUAGAAGCAUACGAUACUGGUAUACCGAUUUUCAAUUACAAGUUUUUUAGUACUCCAAGAUCACAUAACAUACCUGCGGCUCCUAAGCCGCUUAUUAAGGAAUCGAGAGUUCAUAAUUCUUACGCUGAAAAGUAUGGAAAACGUUUUGGCACGUACCUUAAUCGGACAAUUAACAUUCUCAAUUUUUGCCAAAUUGUGGUCGACGAGGCUUUUUACAACAAAACCCUAGACGAAGGGAACAUGACUGAAUGUCUUGAGACUUUCCGUUAUCUAAUGCGGAACUGGGUGUUUGCUAGAAGCGUAUUCUACUUCGAAACAAUAGACUGGCCACUGAAACAAAUCGAAGAAAGGCUAAAAACAUUUGACAUACUGUGGUACGAAUUAAAAACAGUUUAUGAGAAUCUCGACUUAAGUUUAGCCUCCUUAAAAUCAGAAAUAGAGGUGUUUGAAAAGAGUACAUUUGUCGAGAUGGAAGACAUCCAUGAUGCCAUCGAAGGAUACCUGAAUGAUACUGUUACGAAAGCAAAUGUCUCGGACAUUUUCACCUCAACUAACUUUCGACACUUAACUACAAGCUUCGAUCAGUUUUUCCAGCACGUCCGUUCCAAGGAAUUGUCGGUAUCUGACUGGAUACAGCAGUUGGCCAAAGACGCUUUCGAAAUUUUAAAAGUUAUUGUUAAUGAUGUAGACUCAUGGGAAUAUUAUAAUUUCACCGGGAAGACGCAUUAUUUAGGCAAUAUCUCAGAAAUUGAACAAAAUUUAGGAGAAGACUAUACUUUUGUAGCCGAGUUAAUGCACUUUUCUGUUUAUAUAAAUGGAAUUGAUUCGAAUAUCUUAUCAACUUAUAAUGACAUAGUGCAAGAAAUGACAGAAUAUAAAGAGUCCCUGAAAAUCGACAGCAGUUUUAUAAAGGAUAAUUUUUUGAACGUUGACAUUUUCUAUCGUCAAAUGAGCUAUGAAGAAAUCAACCAACAAAAAGCGUAUGAAAUGUUUUCCCUCUGGUGUGACAUAGGAGGAACAAUGGGUCUUUUCUUGGGAGCUAGUUUUUUGUCUGUUGUAGAAAUUGUGGAUUUUUUUUUUACUCAUUUAACGUUUGCGAAAACCCCCGAAGAAGACCAAUAA